AUGAGAAGUAAUGUCGAGUUCAGCGAUUCUUUUGGGAAACCUCCUAGAGCUCAUACCGUUAACACUUCUGACGGAUUUGUUUAUGCCUCAGAUAGCAUAUACACUAAGAAGAAGAAGAAGAAGCAUAAAACUCCAGCAGUACAAGAAAAAGACGCUCUCGCUGCACGCGAUACCACGAAGCCCAACGGGCUUCCAGCACUCCGCUGGGACGAACCAUCGACCACUGACUCCGAAAAGUGCUACCCCUCUGCAGUGACAUGA